CAUCAACAACAUCAUUCCAACACACUCUGCAUUUGCAUUUCAAUCCAAGCCAAAAAACCAGCACCAUGCGUCUUACUCUUACGACCUCUUUUACGCUGCUUGCAGCAGUGACCGCAGCCAGCCAAGUCGGAUACGGCGGUGAGCGCGCGGAAGACAACAACCAGGCAGCGCUGGCUAAGCGCAUGAUGAUUCUGCAGGAAUGUAGCAUCACAGGCUGCUGGCGCGACAAGCCAGACCUUAUCCAGUGGAACCGCCCGACGCGCCAGCCAGUGAAGUCCAAGAACUCCAAGAAGCACUCGAGCAAGGCCAAGCGUCUGAUAACCACGCAGGAUUGUCCCACGACCGGAUGCGACGGAUUUCCGCCAAAGUUCUCCACCCAGUGGAGGUGGCCGAAGAGAAAGCCCUCGAAGACCAAGAAGCACUCGAGCAAGGCCAAGCGCAGUGGACAAGUAGAUUACCAGGAUGUGGAUGACUUUGCGCAGGAGGGGUUCGGCGGUGACGACGAGUACAACCAGCGCAUUGGGCGGACACUGGGCAUGAUCUUCGGACGGCUGAUCAACCGAGGAUUUGUUAACAACUAGAAUCAAGAAAACGUGACCUGUGAUUAAGAAAUAAAAGCCAAUUGGCAGCAUGAACGCUC